GCCAAGCCCAACGCAACCAGGGAGGCGGGGCUUUGGGCCCCCGAAGUGAGGGAAGGCGAGCAAAGGCGAGGAAGACAGAGAGGGAGGCAGGCAGUCGCCAGAGAGAGAGCUCCAGCCACCGCCUUUGCGAAGCCAGAGAGGGGCUAUUGAAGGUAAAGUAUGUGUGCAGAACUCCAGCGCAAAAGUUUUAAAACAAGUGAACAUUUUGUGGCAAGUACAUCAGAAGGAGGUUCAGCAAGGAGUAAUAUUCAGUCCACCUUGAAAAACUUUGUCCAUAAGUGCCAAGCAAGCCUGAAAAUGAACUAGCUGGGACCCUUUACAUAGAUAGAAGAGUGCAUUCUUCUGCUUUUUCAGUGAUUAAAUGUAAAGACUUGAAUACAACAUCAGUACAAUCACAGCCUCUGGUGCUUUUCACAUAUUUGUGCUACGGUUUCAUAACUGAUAUGUUACUUAGCUGGUUUAAAAGCUCCUUUAAUUGUACAUAGAGUAAAACCGAGUACCACUGUGUAACUGUUGUUCAUUAAUAUAAUUAAAUGGUGAAACAUUUGCCAAAAUGAGUGCAGAAGGAUACCAGUACCGAGCUUUAUUUGAUUACAAAAAAGAACGAGAAGAAGACAUUGACUUGCACUUGGGAGAUAUUUUAACUGUGAAUAAAGGUACUUUAGUUGCCCUCGGAUUCAGUGAUGGGGAAGAAGCAAAACCUGAGGAAAUUGGUUGGUUGAAUGGUUAUAACGAAACCACUGGAGAAAGGGGGGACUUCCCAGGAACUUAUGUAGAAUAUAUCGGAAGAAAAAAAAUCUCUCCUCCAACUCCAAAGCCUCGUCCUGUUCGACCCCUUCCUGUGGCACCAAGUCCUGGAAGAGUAGGAACAGACAGUGAUCAAUCAGGUUUUACACUUCCAGAUCUUUCAGAACAGUUUUCACCACCUGAUAAUGCUCCUCCCCUCCUUGUCAAAUUAGUGGAAGCCAUUGAAAGAAAAGGUCUGGAGUGUUCAACUUUGUACAGAUCACAAGGAUCAAGCAGCACCAGUGAAUUAAGGCAAAUUACUGAGUGUGAUGUUUCUACAGUGGAUUUUGAUAUCAUUGAUCUUCAGAUUUUAUCAGAUGCUUUGAAGAGGUACUUUCUCGACUUGCCAAAUCCUGUCAUUCCAGCAUCUGUUUACAAUGAAAUGAUUUCUAUAGCACAAGAAGUGCAGAACUCAGAAGAAUAUGCUCAAGUACUGAAGAGGCUCAUAAGAUCACCAAAUAUACCUCAACAGUAUUGGCUGACACUCCAAUACCUACUCAAACAUUUUUCCAGACUUUGUCAGAGCUCUACCAAAAACCUUCUAAACGCAAGAUCCAUAGCUGAAAUUUUCAGCCUCCUCCUGUUCAGGUGCCCAGUAGCAAGCUCUGACAAUACUGAACACCACAUAAAAAUUCUGGAAGUAUUAAUUACAAGUGAAUGGAAUGACAAACAACCUGCACCAGCACUGCCUCCUAAGCCUCCAAAGCCUAAUACUGUAACAAAUAACGGUAUGAAUAACAACAUGUCUCUGCAAGAUGCUGAAUGGUACUGGGGAGAUAUCUCAAGGGAAGAAGUCAAUGAGAAGCUUCGUGACACUGCAGAUGGUACAUUCCUGGUACGAGAUGCCUCCACCAAAAUGCAUGGGGACUAUACGCUUACACUAAGGAAAGGAGGAAAUAAUAAAUUAAUUAAAAUAUUUCACCGAGAUGGGAAAUAUGGCUUUUCGGAUCCAUUAACGUUCAAUUCUGUGGUUGAGCUAAUAAACCACUACCGGAAUGAGUCUUUAGCUCAGUAUAACCCGAAACUGGAUGUUAAAUUGCUUUACCCUGUAUCCAAGUAUCAACAGGAUCAAGUUGUGAAAGAAGAUAGCAUUGAAGCUGUUGGAAAGAAAUUACAUGAAUAUAAUAUCCAGUUCCAAGAAAAAAACAGAGAGUAUGACAGACUCUAUGAGGACUACACAAGAACAUCUCAGGAAAUUCAGAUGAAAAGAACUGCUAUUGAAGCAUUUAAUGAAACCAUAAAAAUAUUUGAGGAGCAGUGCCAAACACAGGAGCGAUACAGCAAAGAAUAUAUUGAAAAAUUCAAACGGGAAGGAAAUGAGAAAGAAAUACAAAGAAUUAUGCACAACUAUGAAAAACUGAAAUCUCGAAUCAGUGAAAUUGUGGAUAGUCGGCAUAGACUAGAAGAAGAUUUAAAGAAGCAAGCUGCUGAAUACAGGGAGAUUGAUAAACGCAUGAACAGCAUAAAACCAGACCUUAUACAGCUCAGAAAGACUAGAGACCAGUACUUGAUGUGGCUGACUCAGAAAGGUGUUCGGCAAAAGAAGCUGAAUGAAUGGCUUGGCAAUGAAAAUACAGAAGACCAAUACUCUAUGGUGGAAGAUGAUGAGGAUUUGCCUCAUCAUGAUGAGCGCACAUGGAAUGUUGGAAAUAUCAACAGAAGUCAAGCUGAAAAUUUACUACGUGGAAAACGGGAUGGAACAUUCCUUGUUCGUGAAAGCAGUAAACAGGGCUGCUAUGCCUGCUCUGUUGUGGUGGAUGGUGAAGUGAAGCACUGUGUUAUCAACAAAACACCUACCGGUUAUGGAUUCGCUGAGCCAUAUAACUUGUACAACUCACUGAAAGAACUGGUGCUACAUUAUCAACACACAUCACUAGUGCAGCACAAUGACUCUCUCAAUGUCACACUAGCCUAUCCAGUAUAUGCACAACAGAGGCGAUGAAGAUGUUAAUACUCUUGGGUUUGUCUGUUUUUAUUCAAUGCCCACAAAGAUAAUUCAGCAGCAGUCCUGAGGCCUCUGGAUAGUGAAUGCUCUUGAGCUGGAGCUAAGGUGUCAAAGCCAUCUGUCUUCAGAUGGGACUGAAGCUUCCUUCACAACCGCGGUGGAGAAAUAGCUGUGUUGAGAGCUGUGGACACACAUUUCUAAUCUAAAGUGCUUUUUUUGGUGGGGGAAAAAACCCUAAGCAAAGGAAAAAAGAAGAGAGAAGUGCUAUACCUGUCUCACUGCAGGGACAUAGAGGCCUUUAACCAUGGUGCUUGUUGACCAUUUCCUUGAAGCUUUAAGAGCUCAAAUGUUGGAACUCUGAAGACCCCAAAGUGCAGCAGGGGCUGUAUAAAUGGCAACAUAAUUUCUCAGUUGUGACUUGGGUGAUGCAGCUGUAUGUGGUGGGUGCAAGAUGCCCAAAGCUGUGGAUUGCUGAUUUUCUGAAGAAUAUGUAGCAGAAUGGCACUUUUGUUUUUAAAGGACACUUUAAAAGACUUGACAGUGUGUUUGUCAGAAAAAUGGAUAUUGUAACAGAAGUGCCAGGAAGUGUUUUUGUUUAGACAUUGAAAAUCCUGUUUUGAGAAGAUAUUUAAGACUGAAGAAAACUGGACUAUUACAGCCUAUGCUAUAUAAUAUGUACAUAGUUCUGGAUGACUAACUAUCAUAGAUGGAUACUGUGUCAAUACCAAACUCAUUCUGUUCAUUAUUUGUUUUUGUUUUUUGUUCCUUUUUUGGAAAGCUGAAUCCUUACACUGCUAUGCAAUACUUCAUUUUCUAUAGGCUGUUACUGGUUCAAGUGUAAUUAGGGGAUAAGCUUUUUCUGUUUUUUUUCUUCUUUUUGUCAUCUCAAAAUGUUCUCUUAACACUUAUUUUUGUGUUAAUUUUCAUUUUGUUCAAUCUCUCCCUCCUCCCCUCUAUUUUAAAAAGAAAUGUAUAGACUGUCAGUAAAAGCUGGCUUCAAAAUUAAAACUAUGAGCUAUUUUAACAGGGUUUGUCCCCCUUUUUAUAUAGUAUUGGGCUGCUAGCUCAACGUUAAAAUUGAAAUUUUCCUUUUUAACUAAAAAUUUUGUUGGGCAGUGCCUGAUAACCUUCAAAGCUGCUUUAUUCAAUAAAAAUAUAUAAACAUUGCAAAGUAUCACUGAGUCCAACAAUAUUGUUUGGAAAUUAUCUUCAGAUGUUGGCAUCCCACUAUGUAUUAUCCAUUUUUUAGAUUUGUGUCCUAAGAGUGUUUAUAUUUGGAAGAGGACAUUUACUUUGAAGGAAACAGAUGAAAACAAAGACUGAUAGUGUAAUUAAAGUAAAUUUAAUUCUUCAGAGAAAAUCAUGUGAAAUUUUGACCAAUCAUUCUGAACAUGGCAUCAAUUUACUUUUCACAUCACACAGAGAAACAAUUUUGGUUGUUUUAUUUUUUUAAAUAUACAUUCAUUUGGCAUAUAUAUUUCAUAUUAUAUAACAGAAGAAAAAUAAUUUUAGGAAGCCCUAUUUUGGUGAUACGUAUUUCCCACAGUUAAUUUUUGGUUACUUUUAUGUUUCUGUGAAAUAAAAUAAGCAAAGAUUCUCAUCUGAACAGACAAACAAAUCAGGUAACAAUGGGGCAAAAAUAAUGAUAGAAACACAAAACUUCAGUUUUAAUAGUAUUUUACCAAAUUCUGCACUUCUUUAACAACAUUAAAAACAUGGUUCUGUUUUCUGUUUUACAAUUAGUUAAGGAACCUUUUUUUUAGUGAAUAAGCAAAAAGAUAUAUCCUCUGGAGCUCUUUAUGGUUUUCACCUGUUAGGCAAUCUGUGCUUCUUAAAAUGAAGCAUUAAGGACUACUUGUACAUAUAUUUUUUGUAUCAUUUGCUAACAUUAUAGGUAUGUUAGUUUUGUUCCCUUUUUUAAAAAUUUACCAGUAUCUUUUGUAUUUGAUGCUGUGUGAGGCGAUUGUUUAUAUGUUGACUUUUGCUUUCCUGAGGAAUGUGGUUUAUUUCAGCAUACUUUAGAGUUCAGUUCAAACUCCUCUGAAAGUCAGUGGGAAUUUUGCCAGCCUUCAGAAAAAGAUUUGGAAGGAUAGUUUUUUGUGGCUUCUUCAGGCUAUGUUGCCAUGUUCUAGAAGAGUUUAUUCCUGACGUUUUGCCAGCAUCUACGGCUGGCAUGUCCAGAGAAUGUAUUUGGAAAGAGUUAAGGCUAUAGCUGCAAGUUAGAAACUUUAAUUCUCUUGCACUGAAUUAGUCUCACUACAGUCAAUGAAACUACAUUUAUUCAGGAAGAAGUAAACUAAGACCUCAUCUGCACUGCAGAAAUAAUGCAGUUUGACACUGUUUUAACUGCUAUGGCUCAAUGCCAUGGAAUCCUUGGAUUUGUUUUGUGACAUAUUUUACCUGCUAUAUCAGAGAUCUCCAGUACAAGCCGCAGGAUGCUGUAGCAUUGAGCCAUGGCGGUUAAAGCAGUGUCAAACUGCAUUAUUUCUGCAGUGUAAAUGGGGCCUAAAUUGCAUUUCAUCUCACAACAAAGAGCAACCCAAAAUGCACACCAGUUUUAAUCAGUUCAUUUAUUCUUCCCCACUAGACAUCUCAAGAGUAGGAAAACAUGCAUUAUUGUUUGUGAUGGGCAACUUAUGACUGGGCUUUGAAUAGCAAGUAAUUUGUUGUAAUAUAACCAAAAUGCACUUUGAUAGAGCAACAUGAAUGUGCAGCAGUAGGUUCUCAUACUUCGCUUAUUGUCAGAGAGACAGUUUUGAAAAAUUUGGAGGGAAGAGAAAACUGAAUUUAAAACUCUUGUUAAAGUGGAAGAUCUGGGGCCCAGAUUUAGCCCUUCUGUUCCUGUAAUCCCCAAAACAGUCAAUCAGCACUUUGAUUUGACAGUACUGAUCAUGUGUUUGGUGCUGUGAGCUGUUUCCAGUCUUGAUUUAGGACUCAUCUAUCAGCCUGUAAAUCUGAAUUGGAUAUAUUGGCUGAGUCUUGAAAAUUACAUACACAGUACCAUUUCUACUAAAUGUUCUCAGUCCAGCAGCAGAUACACAUGCAAAAGCCUGCUCCUGUGCAUGCAUCUCCCUGUCUGGUUGAGGAUACAGAGAGGCAAAACCAAAACUCCUGAACUACAAAGAUAACAGGGCUUCUGGAAUAUGAACUGUGAUGUUUAUAUCAUGAUAACAACUGCUACAGACAAAACAAGUUAUGGAUUCCUUAACUUGAGGCUUAGACUUGCGGUCUCCUGAUAUAUUUCUAUACAUGUGUAUGAAUGAGAGAGUGAAUGGCUGUACUCUAAAUGCAAUUUUCAGCGACUAAGCAUGUGGUGAAUUUUUUCUUCAGAUUUUCCAGUUGUCCAAACAGGCUGGAUGUGAUGGGCUGGGAGUGUUCCUAAUUGUAUUUUAGUGUAUGGAUUUUGUUGGUACUUGUGUUGCUAGCUGCCCUGAGGGCUCUCUAAACCGUUCAGCUGGAGAUGCAUUAAAAAAAACACAAAUAGAAUCAUAAUUGGAAAUUUGUAUGAAUUGGGAGUGCUCUUUGUAUGGAGAUAAAUUUGAUUCAGAUAUAUAGGAUUUGUUUUUGUAAAUUACAUUUGCAAAUGGAGGAAGACAAUUCUAUGUGUAGUCAUUAUGCUAAACUAAACAUGUUCUAACUUCUCUAACUUGUGUUGAAAAAAUAAGAUACACACUUUCCCCCCACACACUAAAUCUUCAGUCUUGAAGAGUGAAUGGUAUGGGUGCAUCUGACUUUAAAUUCAAGUAACUGAAAGGCAUAGGGAGCUUGGAAAAGGUCAUGUUUCUAGAAUUUCUUUUAAUGUGUAAAGCCAAAUUUUAUGUUUCAGUGUCAGCUGUUAUGUAGAAAAAGUGGCUUUGUCUUGUAAUUUAACAAUGAGCUAUGAAGCUUUUUUGGGGAAAGUAUCAUUUUGAUCUUUUUCAUUGGGGAGAAUGUUAGUUCAAUUUAACACAGUGCUUUUGCUAUGCAUGGUAUUUGUUUAGAGAAGUGAUUCCUAAGGUGGCUUUUACUCAGAAUCGCUUUCAGAAUGGGCAGUUCCAAGCACAAUGCCUUCUAUGGGACAUAAUUCAAAAUGCAAUAUUCCUUUCUUUUGGGGGGAAAUAAUUUUAGUAAGAUCUGGUUAAAAUGGGCAGAUAAAAAAUUAGGGGAAAAAUAACCUUAACAUUGAUUUUGUCCCUACAAGAUUGCAUUAGCUGCCUAAGAUGCUGCUAUUUUAUUCUAAGUUCCCCCACCUUAAAAAAAAUCUUAAGCUCUGUUCUGUUAAAUAAAUGUGUUUUUAAAACAUUAAAAUUUCUUUGUUUUAAUUUUUUUAGGGAGGCAGAGGCUAAAUGGAUCAGUUGUACAUUGCCUUUAAAAGGCAAUAUUAACAAAUGCGCCUCCUUAAAAAAUGUUGGCUUUCUAAAAUUGAUGGAGCUGUUGUCCUGUUUUUAAGUCACUUUGAAAAAAAACUGUACUAGGUUCUUCAACCAGAAUAAAAGUGGUUUUGAAACUACA